ACCAUCAGUCAAUCCGUAUCGUCUCUCCCCCCCCCUGAAACAAUGGCGACAUCCGUCUCAACCGUGAGUUUGAAGCUCCUAAUAGAAAAGAAGACACAAAAAGUAAUUUUCGCCGAAGCCGAGAAGCCGUUCGUGGAUUUCUUGUUCCACCUCAUGUCGUUGCCUCUCGGGACCAUUAUCAAACUCGUGAGCCAGAGUUCCAUGGUCGGCUCCCUCGGAAAUCUCUACGGCAGCAUAAAAAACAUUAGCCAAACAUACCUCCAACCCAACUUAAACAAAGAUGUACUUUUGAACCCAAAAGUUGCGACUCACUACUCUUUCAAUGCGCCACUUCUCUUGGCCGCCGGUGACCCUUCCGAGGCCAAGAAGUUUUACUUUUGUACUAACUGCCUAAAUUAUGGUGGCGGCCGCCGGUCCAUCUCCGACGACCCGAAAGCUAUUUGUCCUCACUGCAAGUCCAAGAUUAGUGGCGAGGCGUCUUAUGUUGCUCCGGUGAAGGCGGAUUCUACUAGCAUGGAUGAAAGUGGUGGGGGGUUUGUGAAGGGUGUUGUGACGUACAUGGUGACGGAUGACUUGAAGGUGAUGCCGCAUUCCACCAUUUCUACCAUUACUGUUCUGAAUGAUUUCAAUAUUAAGGACUUUGGAUCCGUUGAGGUGAAGGAUGUUCGUUUGGGUGUUGAUGAGGGAUUGAAGGUGUUGAAAGCUGCUCUGCAAACUGACUCCGUUCUCACAACCGUGUUCCUUGGGAAAUAGGCUUAAUUUACUGCAACAUGCCGAUAACCUUUUUGUGGCUUACUGGCUAGCUUCUGAGAACAUGCUACUAGAGUGUUUACUAAAAAUGUAGUGCAGAUCUUGUUGAAUUUUAUCUAUGUUUUUAUGGUUUGUAAACCAUGAAU